UUUUACUGGUAUGAUUCACCUGGUAUGUUCAGGAGGUCUGUCAUGUUUUAUUCUCGGCUUAACUUGAGAUAAAGGAUCAAUUAAUCUAUCCAAGGUAGACCUUCCGCUUCUCUUAAUUAGAACAAUGAGUAUUAGCUUUGAGCCAUACGCUACAUGACAUUGCAUGUUGGUGCAUGCACAGCGGUUGCUACAUUGAGAACCAUGCUUCGUUAGCCAUUUGCCUUGCAAGUUUGUUAAUUCUUUACCAAUUCUUCAUGACUGGACAUUACAUUAAGGGAUUAAGAGCAUAUUGUGACUAAAAAUAAUAUGUGAUCAAAAGUUGGAAUUAAUUCGGACAAAUACUCGACUGGAGCGUGAUUUUGAGGUAAUCGAUUUGAUCAUCAAUUGCUCGAUGUGAAUAAUAUACGGGUUUUAACUUUAUUAUAUAUCAUAUUCACCAAUACAUUUUAUGUAUUUAAACAUAUUUAUUUGAGUAUAAGCGUCAAUCUUCAGUGUGGAAAAUCUAGAUUGAAAUUCUUAGCCAAAGGAGGACACUGGAAUAAUGAGCUCAAAAUCUUUCCUGUCGUAUUCCUUUCGUCUUGGUUGUGCCUGGUUUGUAACUGUAGCAAGCAUCUCCUUGAGUAUCAGCUACCUGAAUUCAAUACCCCGUUACGAAUCGAAGCCUCAAGACCGAAAGUUGGUUGAGAAAGCCGAGAAGUUCGAAGUGUACAAUAGACGGGAAUGUGCUCCUUGCUCCACUGCUGAAAGUGAUACUCGUCAUCACUAUCCUCAUCUUGGCGAAUUUCAGAAUGCACAAAUUGAUAUUGAACGAUGGAUACCUCCUGUUGAUGAACUGUAUGAUAGGCUUCGUAUCAUAACUGCCAUUUCUCAGAACCAUUAUGGAGAGGUCAUGCCUUGGAUUGCUACUAUUCAGGAGUUCAUGCCAGAGAAAACCAUCAUCCUCUACAACAUGGGAUUAAAUACGACCUCUCUACAAAAUGUCAAAAACUUGUGUAAUGUUCAGGUGCGAGAAUUCCCUUUCAGCUCCUAUCCGAAACAUGUCAAGAAUCUGCACACGUACGCCUGGAAACCAAUCAUAAUUGAUAUAACCUUGCGGGAAUUUGGCGCCAUUUUCUGGGGAGAUUCGUCAAUCCGCCUCAAAGCCUCCCUGCGGAAUCUAAUACCAAUUUCAUUGAAACACCAUGGAUACAUGACACACUUUCAUGGCUUCGAUCCCAAGAUAAAAGAAGAAAUUCAACAUCAGUACUAUUUCACUCAUCCCCAACUCUACGCUAACCUAGGUGUUAAUAGAACAGAAUACUUUCAAUCAGAAAACUUGGCGCCGCACGCUGCCGCAAAUCGUCAACUCUACCUGAACAGCUCAUACGUACAUGAAACCAUCGUACAACCCAUGUUACAAUGUGCUCUGCGGUAUCGCUGUAUCUCACCGCGUGGAGCAAAACUACCGAAGCAUCGUUUCGACGCCUCAGUACUUGCUAUUUUGAUCUAUAAGAACCUGAAAGGCGAGUGGACUAGAACGAAUAAUGACAACCGUGCAUUUGAUGAGGUGGUGUACCUUCGCAAAAAUACGGUGGGAAAUGAGAAGGUCCAAACAUGUUUGUGAUUGUAUUGAUCGCAUAUGUCUCUUGGAAGUGCCAUUAAGUUUUAAGUUUAAGUAUGUCAAUUACCUUUGGAAUUAAACAAUUAGAUAUGCGGAAUAUCUGCCCAAUUUAUACACGCAUUAUGAUUGUAUGUGCGACGGGGAACGGAUAUG